AUGGGUUCCUCCGAUUGCUCCAUGCCUCUGUCAGACUCUGCGGACCUCACGCUCGUCGUCCCCACCCCCGCAGAACGUAUCGAAUGUUUGAAAGCAAACAGCCGGGAAUGGAAAGGCGUGCUGGAUGCCGAUCAGUACGUCCAGCGCGAGAACCAUCUCAUGAACCAGGACAUGACCAAGGACGGCGCAAUGACCCUAUGGAUCCUCGUCGACCGCCACUUGCCCCCCGAUAACCGUCCCAUUCUCAGCAGCUGCGAGUCCUUUAGCAAACGCGCCUGGCUAGCCCACGACGGGAAAGUCGAGCAGAUCCUGGCCCAUGGCGUUGGAAGUGUCUUUUCAAAACCAGAGUUUCGACGUCGGGGUUACGCGGGGCGGAUGAUUUCUGAGCUCGCGAAGAGGCUGGACACAUGGCAGCAGGAGGAUUCGGUGCGGAAGAGGGGUGUAUUUUCUGUCCUCUAUUCGGAUAUCGGCAAAUCUUUUUAUGCGGAACGUGGCUGGAAAGCCUUCCCUUCGUCGCACAUCAGUCUCCCACCCGUCUUCAAAGAUAAAGGAAAGCAGAGCGUUUCUGGAGUCGAUUUAGGCAUGGCGGGGGAAAUGCAGGCCGACGACGUCAGACGGCUCAUGUGCUCUGAUGCAGCACUUGAGAAAUACCAACAAAUCUUACGGGAGGCGUCCCACAAUUCAAAAAGGGCCAAGGUUGCAUUUGUGCCUGAUUAUGCAGCUUUGAGCUGGCAUUGGGCUCGAGAGGAGUUCUACUCGAAGAUUCUGUUUCCUGGCAAGGGCGAGCCUAAAGUGAAGGGCGCCUGCGUUGAAAGCCGUAAGGUUUUCAUUUGUUGGAAUCGGAACUUUGGAAACACUGAGAAGGACAACGUGUUGUUCAUACUGCGAACAUUGUACGAGGAACCAAGGUCGCCAGCCGAAGAGAAAGCGGUAGUUGAGGCACUAGCUGCAGCUCUCUAUUGCGCUCAGUUGGAGGCACAUGAGUGGGGCAGGAGUCGUGUUGAUAUUUGGAAUCCGACUCCAGUCGUCGAGAAAGCUGUUAAAAUGCUGAGUCCGACGGCGCAAAUAGAGCAUAGGGAACAAACCAGCAUAUGCAGCCUGAAAUGGAAUGGCAAGCAGCUUGGGCUAGGCGAGGACGUUGACUGGUAUUGGAACGAGAAGUACGCCUGGUGUUGA